UCCUCCCCCCGGAGUCUCCAACUCCAUCCUCCCCCCGGAGUCUCCAACUCCAUCCUCCCCCCGGAGUCUUGUGUCGCACCAAAAGUCAGUCCAACUCGGCUCAGUGGAAGCACAGACAUCGGCCUAUUCCUGAUGGGGAUCCUAGAGGAAAGGGUUGCCGUGGGCAUCGGAGCAGCUGGGGUAGGAGCUGCCCUUGUGGGCUGGUGGGCAUGGAGACGACUUUCGACGCCAGCGCUUCCAGACAAAUGGGAGGAGGUAGGGGAGGUAUCAGAACUGAUCAUCUUCCCGGUGAAAUCAGCCAGGGGCAUCAGAGUCCAGGAAGCCGAGGCUGGGGUAUAUGGAGUCAGGGUCAACCAUCUCGAUGACAGGGGCUUCAUGGUGAUCAACGCCCACGGGGAAGGCAUGGGAUGCAAGCAGGCGGAGCCCUUGGCUGCCGUCGUGACGGAGUGGAAGGAUCGGGUCCUGACCUUAAAGUUUCCCGGCCUGCAGGACUUCUCGCUCGACGUCAAGAAGGACCUGAAGGAUAAGAAAACGAUUGACGUCAAAUUCCAAGGGACGACGGUCCCUGGCAUCGACUGCGGGGACGAAGUGGCCUCCUGGCUCUCGAAAGCCCUUUACAAAGACACCAAGAAGGCGCGACUCGUCUACAAGGGGGACAUUGUCAUCACGAGACAGGCAAAGAAGAUCGAGUUCCACAACUUCACUCAGUACAAGAAGACGGAUCGAGCUGCCUAUUCUGACUGGAGCAGCUACCACCUCGCAUGUCAGUCUUCGCUGGAUGACCUCAACUCCCGCACGGAGGAGCCCAUCCUCAUGGACAACUUCCGCCCGAACAUCAUCGUCAAGGGGUCGAAGCCCUUCGACGAGAACGACUGGGCCUACGUCAAGAUAGGCGAAGUGGUCCUCCGGAGGCUGAAGCCCUGUCAAAGAUGUAUGUUGACGACGAUCGACCCCAUCAAAGGACAGAGAAGCAAAACAAUGGAGCCUCUGAGAACACUGAAGCAGUACCAGCUCCUGAAGGAACCAGCGGGACUGGCCAAGGCGUGGAAAGACAGCCCCAUCUUCGGAGUGACCAUGAGUAUUGACGUCUUGGGCAACAUAUCCGUAGGAGACAAGGUCCUCGUCGCCCGGGCAUCUGUGUACCCCCAGUUCAAAGGAUACUGAAGAAGGAUAAACGGGAGUCCUAUACGUGGAAAUAAGCGUCAGCUGUUUGUGAUUUUAUCUCAACUUUUAUAUUCUUGAACCUUCGUCUUCUUCUUCUUCCUCCUGUGGACUAAUAAUUUGGAGAGUGAGUUGCCGUAGACUGAAAUUAACUCUCUUAAUGAUUAUGGAAUGUGUCUAGUUCAUUUUUAAGAUUAUAUUUGAUUGAUUUUUAUUGUGUACGAGGUGUGAUAUAUAUAUAUAUAU